GUUGCUGAUAAGCAAUGAACCCUUUAAAAGGCUGCGCCCCCAGGUCUCAUCAGAGACACGGAGAGACACAGAGAGAUAGAGAGAGAGAUAGACAGAGAGGAGAGAACCUGCCUGAGCCUCUCUCUGCCUACACCAAUGCUUACUGCCUGGGAUUUCCCGGAGCUAGCCCAGGGCCGGCUAGCCCGCUGUAGGAUGGGGCGAGCGGUCUGCUGGCUGCUGCUCCUGACCCAGCUGAUGCUGGCCUGGGGGCCGCAGGCACAGCCGCUCGCUUCCCCGGACUCGAGCCCGCACCUGGACUCGGGCUGGGAACAGACGAUCCGCUUCCUGUACCUGUACACGGAGCAGAGCAAGAGUAACGCCGGCAGCUGGCACCUAGUGAUGAACCCGGACGGCACAGUGGGCAGCAGCGGGGAGCGCAGUGCGUACAGUCUCCUGGAGAUGAGGGCGGUGGCGCCGGGGGUGGUGGCUAUCAAAGGCUACCUGAGCGGGCGCUACCUGUGCAUGGAGAGGGAGGGCAGGUUGCUCGGCUCGCUGACCUAUAAUGAAGCUGACUGUUCAUUUAGGGAGCGCCUGGUGUCUGGCUCCUACAACUUGUACUGGUCGGAAAAGUACGGAGCUGCUGUGUCCCUGAGCAACAGAAGGCAACGAGGCUACAUAAGAGGCAGGGCAUUCCCCCCUCUCUCUCAGUUCCUGCCCAUCCGGAACACACAACCUCUCCCCCCAGUCCCUGCUGAUCAGUCCAGGGACACCCCUGAACUUGACUCGCCGCCGUCUUCAGUGAUUCAGAUCAACAGCAUGGACCCUUUGGACUUCACUUACGAAGCCACAUGAACGAGGUUUAUUUCAGACCCGUGAUUGCACUGCACUUUUCCUUUGGACUGAAUUGUUUUGUCCUCAGCUCUUUUGCUGUGCUGAAGAGGUGGCAGUGUUUGAUUGUGAGACUUUCUCCGUCUCUCAGGAUUAAAAAAAGACAGUUUGAAUGCCAACUUGAAGGAAUUCAUUCUCAUUAUGAAUAUUUAACUGCAAAGCAAGCGAAAUGCUGACUGAGUGUAGUUGGGGCAGCAUUAGGAGCAAUGUAAUAGAUUUGUGUAAAAUGCAACUCUACUGGGAGAAGAGAUUCAGGACAUAGUGUGGAAUCCUGUUGUAUUAUAAGAAAUAGAAGGUUCAGUGUAAGGCCAGAUAGAAUAUGGAGAAAGUAGCGUUCACCCUAUUGUAAGAUUUAGGAUAAAGAGUUAAUAGCAUAAACCUCCAUUCUAUUGAGAGUAGAGGGAUUGGUGUAUUCUGUACCUGUAUUGUGAAAUUCAGGACGAAAGAUACAAAAUAGGAAGAACAAUUAUAGUUUCAGUUGAAUAGGAAGGGUUUAGAGGGACAUGCUGGCAAACGAGAUGAGAUUAAUUUAGGAUAUCUGGUCAGCAUGAAUGAAUUGGACUGAAGGGUCUGUUUCCAUGCUGUACACCUCUAUGAAUCCAUGACUGUAUGUCCUAUGAGAGAGGAUAGACGGCAGUUUAAACCAUCUCUUUUUUUUUAAGAAAGGAGUUCAGAGAUGAAGUUUCAAUCUUACACCUGAGGAGCUGGGCUGCAGUUAAACCCUGAUAGAAUAGGGUUGGGAGGUGAAAAAUCUUUCAGUUAAUCACUGAGCUUGGUUCAAAUUGAAGAGGACAAUUUAAACCCAUGAUUUGGAGACCUCGGUGUUGGACUGGGAUGUACAAAGUUAAAAAUCAUACAACACUAGGUUAUA